AAUCGAGUGAACAACAUCAUCAUCAAACCAAACAAAUUGGCCUACAUACUUCAGCCAAGCAACCGCCACCAGCAGCCAUCAACAACAUCAGCAGCCAUCAACAGCAUAAGCGGCAGCAACAACACCAGACACAAGAAGCCCCCAGGCAAAAAGGAGCAAAAUCAGAUACACAUAUACAUAAAUCAAGGAAAGUAAUCGAAGACAUCAUGGCAGCACGGAAGGCAUGCCCCCUGGCUCCAACGGCAGAGACAGACAACUGCCUACAAUGCCGGCUCUGCCACCGGUACCACGCAUUGCGGACGUGCCCGGCCUUCAAGGCGAUGAAGCCGCCGCAACGGUUGGGAGUAGCCCGCGCGCAAGGCUACUGCGUCAACUGCCUUGCGCUCACCCACACCACCGGGGAAUGCGACUCGCCGGGUAGUUGCAAGACCUGCGGGCUAGCGCACCACACGCUGCUGCAUGUGGCAGCCAACACGCAUGCGCGCACGGGGCCAAGGGAACAGGGGCCCAAGAAGAGGAAACCGGCCACAAAGGCCCCAAGGAGCGUCAAGCGGUGCGCACCGCCGAAGAAAAAGGCGCUGAAGAAGGCGCAGAAGAACCCGCGCAACCAUGCGCCGCAACCGCCGCGCAAGAAGACCGCCCAACGGACGAUCGCGCGCACGCCCCAAGGCCUACAAACGGCCAAUUUCCAGGGCCGCACCACCCACCGCGUCCUGGGCAACACGAUCCGCGCCCUGAAAGAGCUGCAGGAGACUCUAAGCAACGCAUUCCUGCAGGGCGGGGACGAUGUCUAA